GCAAGAGCAGAAGAAGAAGAAAUCAACAUUUUUUCUUCGAAAUUCACUCGUUUAAAAAGAAUAAAAAAUAUGUUUCUGAAUCAAAUUCAAAUAUAAUUCACAUAAAUUUGUAAAAACCAUUACCGAAGCCAAAUCACCAGCACAUGAUGAACGCGCGCAGCAUCGGCAUGCUGAAAAUGCUCAGGCACUCCUGGCGCACGUAUCCACGCCGUUUGGCCACCAAGGUGACCACGCUGGGCGGCGACGAGGUGGGCAGCGGCACCGGAAUCGGCCAGAUUACCGGCGCCGUGCGGACGAGCGAUGGGCCACAGAAGGUGAACACUCCUUCCAAGGAGAUCGUAACCCACUUGCCGCCCCUGACCGAGCCACUGCCCAACCUGCCGGAGGCCGUUUACGCAGCUCCGCUGGCGGAGAGCGCCAUUACUAAGGUGACCACGCUGCCGAAUGGCCUGCGGGUCGCUUCGGAGCCGCGAUACGGACAGUUCUGCACUGUGGGCCUGGUAAUAGACUCCGGACCGCGAUACGAGGUGGCCUACCCCAGCGGCGUAUCGCACUUCCUCGAAAAGCUGGCCUUCAAUUCCACAGUCAACUUUCCCAACAAGGACGCCAUACUUAAGGAGCUGGAAAAGAACGGAGGCAUCUGCGACUGUCAAAGCUCUCGAGAUACACUUAUCUAUGCCGCCAGCAUCGACAGCCGGGCCAUUGAUUCUGUGACGCGUCUGCUGGCGGAUGUCACCCUGCGGCCCACGCUCAGCGAUCAGGAGGUAAAUCUGGCCAGGCGCGCCGUCAACUUUGAGCUGGAGACGCUGGGCAUGCGGCCGGAGCAAGAGCCCAUACUGAUGGACAUGAUCCACGCAGCUGCCUACAGGGACAACACUUUGGGACUGCCCAAGCUGUGUCCGCUGGAGAAUCUGGACCAUAUCGAUCGGAAGGUGCUGAUGAACUACCUUAAGUACCACCACUCUCCCAAGCGCAUGGUCAUUGCUGGUGUGGGCGUGGAUCACGAUGAGCUGGUGAAUCAAGUGAAAAGGUACUUUGUGGAGGACAAAGCUAUCUGGGAUACGGAAGCCCUGGAAGACUUGGGACCCAAGCAAGUGGAUACGUCUAUUGCCCAGUACACUGGAGGGAUAGUAAAGGAGCAAUGCGAAAUCCCCAUCUAUGCGGCCGCAGGCCUUCCCGAAUUGGCUCACGUGGUCCUUGGCUUCGAGGGCUGCUCCCACCAGGACAAGGACUUUGUGGCGCUGUGCGUCCUGAACAUCAUGAUGGGCGGUGGGGGCUCCUUCUCUGCCGGCGGUCCUGGCAAGGGCAUGUACUCGCGACUGUAUACAAAGGUGCUGAACCGCUAUCACUGGAUGUACAGCGCGACAGCCUAUAAUCAUGCCUACGCCGACACCGGGCUGUUCUGCAUACACGGCAGCGCACCACCACAGCACAUGAACGACAUGGUCGAGGUGCUCACCCGCGAGAUGAUGGGAAUGGCUGCAGAGCCAGGCCGGGAGGAACUGAUGCGAUCAAAAAUCCAGCUGCAGUCCAUGUUGUUGAUGAACUUGGAGUCGCGACCCGUUGUGUUCGAGGAUGUGGGCCGUCAAGUGCUGGUGACAGGGCACCGCAAACGACCCACGCAUUUUAUUAAAGAAAUUGAGAGUGUGACUGCUGCCGACAUUCAGCGCGUUGCCCAGCGUCUCCUUAGUUCCCCGCCUUCGGUGGCCGCCCGCGGCGACAUCCACAAUCUGCCUGAGAUGAGCCACAUCACAAACGCAGUCAGCGGAUCGGGACGUUCUGGGCUGGGUCGGAGGCUUUCCCUGUUCAAAUAGCGCUGGAUGUGAGACCGGUUAGGAAAGAUCACUUUGCUUUGUUGGACUCGUAUUUCACAAUUUUGUACGAAGGGCAAUCGUGUUAAGUUUAAAUUGGCUAAAUAUUUACCAAAAUUCAAUUCGGUUA